AGUCAUAUCAUAACCCUUUCUUUAUCUCUGAGCAAUUUUAUCAUUACAAAUAUCUUCGUAAUGUAUUAAUCAAUAGAAAGAGAAGCAGCCAUGAAUUUUGUCGAAGCUAUUACAAAGGAUAUGAAAAUGAUUCCAUGGCUGGACUGUUGAGAAAGUUGGAAACUUUCGCAUCUUAAUCCUUGAAAGUUGAAAGCUUUAGUGUCAAAAGACAAGUUUCAUAUCUCAAACGUCGUCACGUGGCAGAGUCAAAGGUCAAACCUUUUUCUCCCAAAAACUUUCCUAAAUUCUCCAAAAUCACACUCUCAGCGAAGGAGAAGAAAAAACUAGAUUGGCGAGAAAAUGUCUUCCGUUGCAGCUAUGGUUUUCAGAGGAGCUAGAUCGCUUCUAGCUCCUGCUUCUCGAGCCACCUCUUCUUUGGUUUCAGCUGGAUCCACUAAGAAACCCGCGGCGAAACCAAAGGCCAAGGCUAAGCCUAAGCCAAAGGCGAAAUCAGACUCUCCGGCAAAGAAGACACCGAGGUCUACCGGAAUCUUUAAGGUGACUCCUGUGUCUCCAGUUCUCGCUCAGUUCCUUGGUACCGGUGAAACAUCACGUACCGACGCCAUCAAGGGGAUUUGGACCUACAUCAAGUCCCACGAUCUUCAGAACCCAGCUGACAAGAGGGAGAUUUUCUGCGAUGAGACACUGAAGCUAAUCUUUGAAGGGAAAGACAAAGUUGGGUUUCUGGAGAUUUCAAAACUCUUGUCCCCGCACUUUGUGAAGACUGCUUGACCAAAUAACUAGCUUAGUUUGGAAACUCCUGACGAUUUGGUUUUUUAGUUAGCUCUUUCAAGUGAUCUUAUCUUGUUAAUGUUGUCAAUAUCUUUUAACUCUUCUCGUUCCUGUUACCAAACAUGGUUUUUGACUAAUGAAGAAAUGUUUUGGCAUAAGUUCUAAACUCUUAGUGUUUUCUGGGAACUUGAAUUUAAUACGCAUGUGGCUGCUCGAGCC